AUGAGCUUUGUCUCAGAAAAUGUUAAUAUAAAACAAUCACACAAUGAUCACGAUUAUGCCAAAAAUAUCAAUAAUACUGAUAAUAAUGAUGGUGCUAAUCACAACAUGAAUGCCGAAAAUGUAUCUAUAACAGAUGAAAAUAUUGAAGAAAUAGAAAAGUUUGCCUUAUUGGUUGGAAGACCCGUGACCAAAUAUGAGAUACGCUUAAAAGAAGCUGCAAAACGUAUCUUACAACAUACGUGUGCUGUCAUUUCGAACUGUUCUUUGACAGAAAGUAUUGACUACGAUGCAGCAAACUCUCUUGUUGAAGGUUGUUUAUUACAAUUUACUGAAGAUUUAUUUGCUGAUCAUAGUCAACUUGAACCAGAAGGAUUCGUCAAAUAUAUACCAGAUAAUGUUGAUAUACAUUUCAUAAAUAGACUGUUAUGUUAUGACAUCGAUCCAACGACAUAUUUGAAAAAUAUUGAUAUUCCAGAAAUAUGGAUGUCUUAUUUAUCAGCUAAUGGAAGAAAGCUUUUAAAGUCUAUGAAAUUUUAUCAAGAUAUGUUCAGUUCACGAUCAUCAACUGAUGCUUAUAUUUCGACGUGUACUGAUGGCAAGCAAAACGGUAAAUUAUCAACUAUAGGAAAAUUCUGUUCUAUUUGCGAAUUAACACGAAUAAUAACUUUAAUUCAUCCAUUAUCAAUGGAUCAAUGUCGUACGCAAACUUGGUCUAAUAUUCCAUCUGCUGAUCGUAUAAGAAAUAAUAUUGGUCAAAUAUCACCAGUGUUUUCUAUAGGACAGCAAGAAGAUGCCAGUGAAUUCAUCAUUACGUUUCUUGAUCAUUGUAUUUCUUGCUGGCCAUCACAUUUUUCAAACUCAUCAAUUAUUUCUUUAUAUCCUACAGUGAUUGAUGACAUAUUUAGCAUUAAAUUAUUGUCAUCUGGACGAUGCCCUGAAUGUUCAUAUAUAUUUUUAAAAAAAGAAACCACCAAUGUUGUGUUACUGGAAGUUGAUAAAUUAUACGAUUUAACUGAUGCUCUUUUACACUUUGUUAAUCCGGAAACAGUUAAUCAAUUUAAAUGCAGUAAUUGUAACCAAUUCGUUGGGAUUAAAAAACGUAUUACCUUUGAUCAAUUAUCACCCAUCUUGAUCAUAAAUUUUAAAAGAUGUGCUUUAACUUUUGAUUCAAUUGAAAAACUUAAACAUCGUAUCAAUUAUGAUGAGAUUUUGAAUUUUUCUCCUUACAUGACUGCAAAUUUAUGUAUUACCAAUGAUGAAAAUGAUAAAGCUACUUUAUCAAGUGAUUUUUGCUAUAAAUUGUAUGCCAUUAUCAAUCAUACUGGUGAAAAUUUGACUAGUGGUCAUUAUUAUGCUUACAUUCGUUCAUCAGAUAACAUAUGGUUUCUUGUCGAUGAUGAACACUGUCAAAGUGUAACAACAAAUGAAGUUAUAAAUCAUUCAGAAGCAUUGAUACUCUUUUACGCUAAAUUUGAUAGUGCAUCAACGAAUACAAACACAUCAGUUAAAUAUCAAAUAAAUACUUCGACACCAGCGAACAGUCGUAUUUUAUAUUCAUCUAAUUUGGAACACAAGAAAGGUACUUCGUUAGAAUUGUUAAAUAUUUCGUCGAUUCCAAAGUCACCAGAGAGCAUUAUUUUAAAUGAUGAACCACUUCGUGGACAAACCCAUAGCAGUAUAACAAUCGGUGAAAGAACAACGGAUGCUUCUAUUUUUAAAAAACGAAAGAUUAAUGAUCAUAGAUUAAAUAAAAACUCAUGCCAAUCUUCAUCGAGUUCUCAAGAUUCUUUUUUGUCGGAUGUUGCACCUAAUAAUUCAACAAUUAAUUCCAUACAUGAUGAAGAAACUCGAAAACAGGAUUCCAAAACAUUAGCAUCAGUAGCUUCAGGAGUAAUAAUUGAAGAAACAUUUGAAGAAACACUUUCGCAAAAACAUCAUUUUCGUCUAAACCAAUCUGAACUUAUUAAACUGAACUUAUUACGACAACAAAAUCUAAUGAAAGAAUUUGAUCGUAAAAUGCAAAGUGUAGGACUAGCACCGAAAACAUCUAUAUUGAAAGCUAAUCAAUCAAAAAAUGAUAAAAAUUUUAACAAUUCCAAAAAGAAUCAAGAUGUUAAACUAAACAGUAAAGUUAAUAUUGAAUAUUUAAAUAUACUUUUGCCUCAUCUUAAACAUUACAAUGCUGCUUGUGGUUUAUGCAUUCGUUCUCGAUAUUUUGGAAAAAAUAUGUCAACACCAAAUUCUCUUCUAUUACGAUGCAUUUUAAAAUGCAACGGUGCUUAUUGUCAUUUUAAAUGUACCGUGCAUGUAUUGAACAAUGGUUAUUGUUUUAUAAUUGCAUUGAACCAAAAAGUUAUACACCAUGUAGGUGAAAGAAUUAGCCGCCCAAUACGUGGUUCUCAAAGACAAGCCAUCAUUGAUAAAUUCAAGUCUGGGGCAUCUGUUCAUCGAUUACACACCCAAUAUUCUGAACGACGUAGUGCAAAAGAGAAAAGAAGCUUCAACUACGAUUUUACCGGAAAGUCAAAAGCAAUAUUUAAAAAAAUAAAAGCCGAAGCAACUGCCAAUUCUUUAUUGUCCCCAGAUGUAUUGUCAGGCAUUUUACAACUCCAUGACCAGUUAGCCAAUGAAAUAAAUCAUGAUGGAAUCGUUAAUGGCGCAAUUCAACUAAUUCAAUUUCGUCCAUUUUGUACCGUCGUAUUUACCGAAGCAUCAAUUCGUUUAUACGAUACCAUCGUAAGCCAUCCGGAAACGGUUUUAUCUUGGGAUGCAACAGGAGGCAUAAUUAAAAACUCUACAUUAAGUUCAAAGCAAUGUUUAUAUUAUGAACUGACAGUAUCUCAUCCGAAUAUAGUAAAUGAAGAUACUCUAGUUCCAUUAACAUUUAUGUUAUCGGAGUCUCAAACACUUCACACAGUUACAAAUUGGCUAUUGACAUUCAAAGAGAAUCACAAAAAGGUAUUUCCUCAUAAGAAGGAUUCUUUCCCAAAGCCUGUUGUGAUCAUAUCUGAUCGUGCUCAAAUAUUUUUACAAGCUGCACUUCGUGUAUUCAAUGAAGAAACUUACCAACAAUUUUUCGAGCGAGCGUAUCGUAUUGUUAAUCACCAAGCCAUCGAAAAUGAUCUAUCUAAAACAAUAAUUCAUGCUUGCUUAUCUCAUUUCAUGCUUGUAUGA